GGAGCUGAAUGCUGCCCCCGCCUCCCUCGGGCUGCACCUCCAGUUUCCCCCAAAGCAUGUAGCUGCUGCUUCUCUCCUUCCGGCCCGGGAGAGCCUUCCUUUGUCCAGCACCCAGCACCAUGUCCGGCUCGCUGAGCAAGAGGAGCAGCCUGGCCAACGAGAACAGCUGCCUGGGCCUCAGCCUUGCCUUGGUGCCCCCGUCGGGGGGCCAGAUCCUGCCGCACAAGGGGCGCUGCGCCUACAGCUGUGGGGAGCUGCAGAGCCUCCUUGGGCUGCCCCCCUCCGCAGAGGAGUCGUCCAACAGCAAGUGGGUGAAGGAGGGGCAGAACCAGCUGCGGCAGGCGGCAGAGCGUGGCCGUGACCAAAACCGCAAUGAACUGGGCCUUCCCAGCAAGGAGCUGAGCACGCUGCUCGUCCCGCUGCCGGGCAAGGCGGGCAAAGACCGAGCGGAGGAGCAAGAGGACGAGGAGGAAGAGGAAGACGAGGAGGAGGAGGAAGAGGAGGAGGAGGAGGAAGAAGGCUCCACCCCAGUCCAGAGCGAGCCUGUGACUGAGUCAGAGCAGAGCUCGGAGCGGGCACUGCCCCGGGGGGAGCAGGGCCGCAGUGCCAGCCUCCUCUUUGCCACCCGCAACAGUGCCACCAGCGAUGAAGACUCCAGCUGGGCCACUCUCAGCCAGGGCAGUCCAACGGGCAGCUCCCCAGAUGAAGCUGACUCUUUCUGGCUGUGUAACUCCCUGGAGACAGACUCUGACCUCCCAGCAGGAUGGAUGCGGGUUCAAGACAUAUCCGGCACCUACUACUGGCACAUUCCAACGGGCACCACUCAGUGGGAACCUCCCUUGCGCAGUGGAAGUGGCGACUCAGCAGGAAACACCCCUUCCAGGGAGACUCAGCUCCCCUGGAUGGACCUUGGGCAGACGGACCCUGACACCAGUCCAGACUUCUGGAAGGAGGUUCCGCCAGAGGGGGCGACCCCCGAGCCUCAGUCAGAUGAGGGCCACUCCAGCUUAUCCUUGGGAUCCCCUGGCGUCCGGUCUUCCCUGGACGAAGGAGGGGAGGAAGCAGCAGGCCGGCUCCUGGGCAUUUCCCCGGGGUCGAAGCGCUUCUGCGUCCACUCGCUGGGCUGGGUGGAGAUGUCAGAGGAGGAGCUGGCGCUGGGGAAGAGCGGCCUGGCUGUCAACAACUGCAUCCGGCAGCUGGCUGGGCAGGAGCCGGCCCUUCGGGGCUCCUGGAUGGAGGGCAAAGCAAUGCUCCUGGUCCUGGAAAACGAGAUGCUGAAGCUGCUGGACCCAGAGGAGCAGAGGGUGCUGCACUGCCUGCCCAUCGCGGCCAUCCGGGUCUGGGGCGUUGGGCGGGACAGCGGAAGGUAG